AUGCCGUUCCACCACGUGCGGGCGGGCCUGCUCUAUCCAGACAACUACCUGAGCACCUCCCUGGCCGAGGGCAACGAGUCCUUCCAGCUCACCAGCAUCUCCACAGAGGAACUGGGAGAGAUCCGUGAGGCGUUCAGGGUCCUGGAUCGCGAUGGGAACGGCUUCAUCUCCAAACAGGAGCUGGGGAUGGCCAUGCGCUCGCUGGGAUACAUGCCCUCAGAGGUGGAGCUGGCCAUCAUUAUGCAGAGACUGGACAUGGACGGUGAGAACGGACUCUUGCGGGGCACACUCUGA